AUGCCGCUGGCCUUGCUUGACUCCUUCCGUGGGCUUCUCCAUUGUCUCCUGCCAGGAACCGUGCGAGGUCAUCCGGAUGGAUCAACCAGAUCAUACAACGGCGAAACGGCACCGUUGAUGCAUGGUCUGCAAGACGACCUGCGGAAAGCGAAAGAAGAUGGCGAUGUCUGGAAGAGGCGUGCAGACGAGGAACGAGAAAGCAAGCGGCAAAGCGAGGCCGCAUAUUCAGAUCUACAGCGGCGGUAUAAUAGCUUGAAGGAGACAGUGCGCGCCAUAGAGACUGAGACAGUGGUCUUGCGCGAGCGCGCGGACACGCUAAAGGUGGUGGAGGAGGAGCUACGGAUGACAAAACACCUCCUUCGCAGCCAGGAGCAGCAAAACACCACGCUGCAAGCCAUACACGUCAAGACAACCGCCCUCCUCGAGACGCGCAGCGCCGAGCUGCACGACGCGCAACAAUACCUGACGAAGGCGGACCAGCUGUCCGACGCCGACAUCCUCCGCGUUGUCGAACAAUUGAACUCCGAGAUCAUGCAGGCCGGAUCGGGCGCAGUCGAUACCGCCAUCCCCACCGAGCUGGUCGGCGCGAAGAUGGCCGAGCUGCUGCAGGUAGUGCCCCAUAGCGACGACACGUUCUGUGUCCAGCUUGCGCUGCAAGCGGCGUUGGUGACACUUGCGAGAUGGAUCGUCGCGAAAUGGAUUUUAUGGCCCGACUGCGACGACGGUGACAUCAGAGGCAUAUAUGAGGGCAUUAGAAUGAAUCAAAGCCAGGCGGUCGCGGGCAGGUGGCGUGCUCUCACGCGCGCGCACGCAAAGACGUUGCGGGACCACGACGCUGGGGCGGAGCUGCACAAGAAUCUCACGGUCUAUGUCGCCCACAUCCUCGCGCUUGCGGGAGCGCAGGGCAGUCCCGAAGAUAUCUUGGGGCUAGUGCAGGCUAGCCACAGUGACCGGCUGCGCUCAUUCGUGAAUGCAUGCCUUCACAUUCACAAGGCCAUCGGCGAGGAACUUACCUCCGCAGACUUCGAGACCGUAGCUGGAGCGUGCGGAGCGCGUUUUGAAGCGGGGUCCAUGAAGGACGAGUGGGGAGGGUCGACGGACGAGAGUGAGGAAGGGACGGUCCUGUGCACGACUGCGAUGGGCUUGCGGCGCGUCGAGAAGCGGGACGGAGGUGAGAUAAAUAGCAUUAUGCUGCUGAAGCCUGGUGUCGCCCUCGAUAGCGUCGUAAAGGAGAUGACGUGCACGGAGAGGGACCUGAUGUGA